AUGUCUUCACCGACGGAGGAAACUGUUAGAUGCAAUAGCGAGAGCGAAGGUGGAGAUGCGGAGACACCAGAACACGACCCACACUUUGAGCCAAUUGUAUCGUUGCCCUUAGUUGAUAUUCAAACUAAUGAAGAAGAGGAGGAGGAAUUAGUGAAGAUUCGCUCCAGACUUUAUCGAUAUGAUACCGCUGACCAUGAAUGGAAGGAACGGGGGACAGGGGAUAUAAAGCUAUUGAGACACAAAAUUAACAAUACUGUCAGAGUUGUUAUGCGACGAGACAAAACAUUGAAAGUCUGCGCCAAUCACUUUAUAACACCAGACAUACGGAUGAAUGUUCACUGUGGUUCUGACAGAGCAUUUAACUGGUCAGUGUUUGCUGACUUUGCAGAUGAAACCAUGAAGCAAGAACUACUUGCUAUAAAGUUUGGCAAUACGCAAAAUGCUCAGCUAUGGAAAGCUAAGUUUGCUGAAGCUCAGGAAAUAGUGAGAACAAAAUGCAGUCUCUAUACCCUAGACCUAUCUUCUGAUGAAGAGAGCAGUAUCACUAGAAGUGAAGACACUGAUACCCCUGAACCUAAGAGCAUUGACAAAACUGAAGAUAUAAAGAAGGACAUGCUUGACAAAGAUGACGGCGUUAUUCUGAAGUUAAAAGACCUGAAAGUGGACAGUGAAAAAUCUGAAUAG